GUGAACGUCCUUUCGACGACGGGGUCGCCUAUCGUCUCCCGGAUUCCGCGAAAAGACGAGGUCCACCUUUUUUUUUCUUCGGAAUUUCAUCGUCACUCGCCGUCACAUAUGGAACUCUCGGACGAUUUCUCGCCAUCCGAAACUAACUUCGGUUCGGUUUCAUUUUCCUCAUCACACGCGAGUCGCUCCCUGGACUGUGUCGGGUCCGUCCUCCGGGAAUCGAGAGCGGAACCGAAACAGUGACUCGCCAAUCGAUUUUGGCACCGAAAUUCGAGAUUUUUUUUUAGUCAGUAUUUUUUUCCUGAGUUGAGAUGAAGGGUGAAGGAUCCUUGAACGUUGGCAUGGAAAGAGCAUGGAGGAAUGGGUUGUGAAAGUGCCGACGAGUGAUGGUGGUUCAUGAACCGAAUCUUGCAUUAAUGAACUCUUGACCCUGCACGAUUCGCCCAACGUGCACCUAAUAAUCUACACCACUUUCCGAGUAGAGCCGAGGGAAAACAAAACGACCAGGAAGAAUUUUCGAAGAGAAUUUUGAAAAUUUGAAAGGUCCUUGUGAAAAUUGACUUGGACUAAGAAGGACUUAGUCGCGGACUUAGCAGGACUUAGGUGGAUUCUAGAAGAUAAGUCGAGGCCUUGAAAGAGGGUUGAAUUUAAACCUGGAAUGACAAUAAGGUCCAAAAUUAAAGCGAAGGACUGGCGAGGUUGGCUGAUGGUAUGCGCAAACUGGAUUUGAACCUUCAAAGUCCCAGGCAAAGAGGAUUUCGAUUUGGAAUGGCAUUUGGAAAACUGAUGGUGUUUGCAGUGAGACUUGUCCUCAGCACUUACAUUCUAGCUGUGACCCUUUUUGUCAGCGCGAGCGGCAAUUGGGACAAGGAUGACGAUCUAGUCUCUUCCACGGAAGUGAGCGUAGUUCUGGGACACACUGCAUCUUUGCCUUGUGACAUUGAACCGUCCACGCGAGAAGAUCGCGUUUACAUGGUGCUAUGGUUUCGCGAGGACGCAGUCAAGCCGAUUUACAGUGAGAUUGACUUGGAAGUUUCGAGUUGGCGAGUUUUUAAAGUCCACCCGACAUCGGUAAAUGCCCUCGUCAUCGAGACGCACGGCUUCAAGAGAAAGCGUAGCUGGCUUCGUGACUGUUACGAAGUAAGCUCUAGAUUUCACGUCAUUGUUUUCCGACCAGUUGAGGGCUUUGCUGAAAGCUCUUCCACCUUUGAGUUAAUUGCACUGCCGUAUACGGAAGGACGUCCCAAUUCGGCAAAAUACGCGCAUGAAGAUCAGUCGCUUGCUCAAAGAAAACCAACUCCAGUUAUCACGUGGCUCGUGAAUGGAAAGGAAACAUCCGGAAGAUUGGAACAAUCGGGCCAGAAAAUCGUUGUCAAUAAGCUAACAGUUCCUCAGCUGAAAAGGGAGCACCUCAAUACGACGUACAAAUGUAGGGCCUCUAACACUAAUUUGAUGCCUCCCUUGGAGAAGAGCGUUCUUUUAGACGUAUACUUGAAACCCAUUUCGGUGAAAAUAUUGACCAAGCCACUGGUGUUCGAAGCUGAGAAGGAUUAUUCCAUAGCCUGUGAGUGUGUUGGAUCCCAUCCUCGAGCCAAAAUUGUUUGGCUGGAUGGACUUUUGCCCUUCAAAAGCGGCAAGGUGAUCAAUGGAGGGGAUUCUGUGGUUGUUCUAAGCACCCUAAUAUUCUCCCCAAUUCCAGAGGAUCAUGGAAAGACUCUGAAAUGUAGGGGAGAAAAUCCAGAAUUGGCGGGGGCUUUUCUAGAAGAUAUUUUCCAACUCAACGUAGUCUUUCCACCAAAAGUUCAGUUGCACCUAGGAAGUACUUUAAAUGCAGAGAACAUAAAAGAGGGUGACGAUGUCUACUUUGAGUGCAAAGUCCGAGCGAAUCCUGAACAUCAUAAAAUAACCUGGAGACAUAAUGGAGUCGUCCUGGCACAGAACUACUCGGCUGGCAUAAUAAUGAGUACUCAAAGUUUGGUCCUGCAAAGCAUUGGACGAGACAACGCCGGAAAUUAUACCUGUCUUGCGAGCAACGAUAGGGGCGAAACUUCCAGUUCUGCUGUGGCAUUACGAGUCCAGUACGCUCCUGUUUGCAAAACGAAGGAGGUGACAAUAAUCGGGGCUUCCUUAGAAGAAUCAGUGAAGGUCCGCUGCGAAGUGGAUGCAGAUCCUGCAGAUGUGGGUUUCACCUGGGAAUUUAAUAACAGCGGGGAAAAUUUUGAGGGCGCCUCGUCAAAAUUGGACGGCAACAAUGGAACGAUGAGCGAACUUGUUUAUAUUCCAAUUUCGGAUAGGGAUUAUGGACCACUGACUUGUUGGGGCAGGAACCCCAUCGGAAAGCAAGAAGCCCCCUGUAUUUACCAAAUUAUUCCCGCAGUGAAGCCCAGUCAGUUAAACAACUGUACGAUAAAGGUAUCUUUAAACCAAAGCUCGGAAAUCCUGGAAGUGGAAUGCGUUCCAGGUUACGACGGAGGUCUGAGGCAAGAAUUUCGUCUAGAAGCUUAUGAGUUUGCGAGUGGAAAAAUGCGCUUUAAUUCGUCAAGUAUUUCGGCAGAAGUGCCGAUAUUUAGAAUACCUGUCGGGGACCUUUUACCCGCUACACAUUUUUAUCUGAGGGUCUAUGCAAUCAACGCAAAAGGCCGAAGCGAUCCAACCCUUCUUGAGGAUAUUCUACUCAGAGAUUCCGAAAAGCAUUCAGACAGCGGAUUCAGCAUGGUUCCUCUAAUUCUACUUCUGGUCGGUUGUUUGGUGGCUCUUGGUAUAACGGUGCUAUCGGUGCUGCUGAUGAUGUACCGAAGACGCGGAACAACAUCACCAGUUCACAUAGAGCCCUAUAUGAAACAACCGAUAAUAACCCCUCCUGAUUCGAGAAACAACUCGAUGCUCGACGUCACCCACGGUGAUCACACCUAUUUUGUGGAGUACACCCUUAAACAGGUCGCCGAUUAUGCGCUCAAUAAUCAACCCGACAUAAUUCAAUCGCCACAAGAUCACGAGAAAAUCAAACGGGAGCCACAAUUAUUUUUACCAGUGAGGCCAGACACGUUAUUUGCACCGUAUGAUAUUCACAAACAGGGCCUUCAAAAUAACAGAUGCAGUCUGAAUCCAUUUUCUGCAAAAUCGUGGGAACCAAUAAGUUUCAAGGCUGAUCGUAAUCUCAUGAAAGAAAUCAUCAUCGCGAAUUCCAUACCCGGUCCGGAGAGUUGUGUUUAAGGAUGCACUCCAGGAGGAAGGAAGGAAGAAACAUAUCAGGAAUGCUGAGAAAUCAGCGCCUAUCGCACAUAAUCAUUCGACGCGAAAUCAUCACCUCAUACUAGACUGCGGACUUUUUCAAAAAAAAAAAAAAAAAAAGAAAGAAAAAAAA